AUGUUUAAAGGUGUGAUGAUUUGUCAACUAAGCAAUAUUUACUAUUCUUAUCUGCAGGAAGAUGUCUGUUUCCAAGGUUAUCUACGACACCUGACCUCGUCUUCCUGUCUGGCUCCUCUCACCACUGCUGAGCAGCAGCUCCAUCAGAUUAAAAUAACAGAGGACAAAGUGGCACAGGACGAGAGAAGACGAGUUGCCACCAUAAGUGGACAAGCAAAGACAGAAAUCAGCGUGGACAGUAAAAAUCCGACUUUGCAGGGUUUGGCGUUCCCAUUGCAAGAGGAGGCUAAACAUGCUUUACAGCAGCUUAAACUCAGACGCAUCAAUUACAUUCAACUAGUAAGUUCCACAUACACACAUACAAAAAAAUGUUUUAAUGCAUUCGGAGAGAUUCACAAACCUGUUUAA